CUGCAUAGACAACAAAAGCUUAUAAUUCAAAACAAAAAUGGCGAUUGCAAGUCCUGGUCCGUCUAUAGAUAGGGAUGAUUACUUCAUGGCUAUUGCUUUUCUUACAGCCAAACUAAGUAGUGAUCCUGUAACGCGAGUUGGUGCGUGCAUUGUGAAAGACGACGUGGUUGUUGGGAUAGGAUACAACAGAAUGCCUAGAAAUAGCAAGAGUAAAUUUUCUUGGAAAAAAGAUAACCCAGACCCUUUAAAAAAUAAAUACCCUUACGUGUGUCAUGCAGCGAUGGUUGCGAUCUGCAACAAGAAUUCGGUGGAUGUUAAGGACUCUACGAUGUAUAUUUCCAUGUUUCCGUGCAAUGAAUGCGCCAAAUUGAUAGUUGAAAAUGGAAUAAAGGAAGUUGUGUACCUAUCAGAUAAAUAUAAAGACGAAAUACCAACAGUUGCUUCAAAACUGAUAUUUGAUGCAGCAAAAGUAAUAUUUAGGCGGAUUAAACUGAAAAACCCGAAAAUUGUGAUAAGCUUUUCCGAUAUCAAUGCUGUCAGUAUGGAUAUAGAUUAUAGAGAAAAUAUAUAACAAUACAUAUUUGUAUUAAACUUUUAGACAAUU